AUGGUUAUUGAAAAAUUAUCAUGUACAAAAAAAACGAAGAAAACUAUUUUCAGUCGUCUUACUAAUAAAUUUAUUAAUCAACAACGAUGUUUAAAACGUGAUCAAUCAGUUCAAACAAAUUUACAUCCACCUAGAACAACUACAGUUCUUGUUAAAAAUCAUUUAAAACAACGAAUAUAUUCAUUAGAUAAUCAUAAAGAAAAUAUUCAAAUAUCAUCACAUCAUCGUCGAUCAUCAAUUAAAACAUUUCUUACUUUAAAUUCACCUAAACCAAUAUCACUUAUUUAUCGUACACGUCGACGUAGUAUUAAUUUAAAAACACCAAAACGAUUGAGCUCUGAAUGUCUUCAAGUUGCAUUAGUUCGAAAAAUUCAACCACUCAAUCGUUUCGAUUCAUCAUUCAUAUUAGAUUUUCAAUCUAAACAAAUCUUUAAUGAUGAAACAACAAGUCGUGAUGAACUUUUUUCUAUAGGACCAAUGAAAUGGAGUACACCUAAUCGAACUAUUGUAUACAAAACUUCAAGUCCAAAUAAUAAUAAUAAUUCUGAUCGACAACAUCAUUUAUGUACCGUCGAUCAACUCUCUUUUUCAAAUAUUUUUGAUCGUACUGAUUGA